GUUGGAUCCUUGUGCACAAAUAAGUUGAAAAUUUUCAACUUGGAAUCUAACCACCAGUGGGUAAGUCCUUUUCUGUUUUUUUCUAUAGGAUGAAACGCACUGGGCUCUGAAUUUACCUUGUUGUAAUGCACUACGCUUACGAGCGGCGGCUUAGAAACCCGUUAACUGACUUUUUCAUCAUUGUCUGGCUCUUUUUCUGCGUGACGCUCACAAUUUUUCAACAGGAUGGCGGAUCCGGCGGUGCAAGUAAGCACAUUACACGAUGAAAUGGCUACGAGCAUUUCAUCUGUCCGAGAAGUCAUUCAAGAUCUCGCAUCCAAACCGAAUGACACGUCUGAUGGAAUAUCCCUUCUAUCACUGAAGAAUCAUGUCCUGCUCAGUUAUAUGCAGUCUCUACUAUUGCUGUCAUGCCUCUCGCAACCUAGAUCUCCUCCGCAACAGCCAUUCAGUGACCCGGAUCGUGAUACCCGUGGAGACGGACCUGGGGACCUUAGAGGCAGAAUGCGGUACCAAACUGACAAGCUGGUUCGUCUUGCCAAAGACGAUACUGCUGUGGAUGCAACCAAUGAGGGUGAAGAAGAAGGGAAUGAUGGGCCAACUGCUUCGAGCGACGGGAUCUAUCGUCCUCCGCGGUUGGCUCCCACACCUUACAUCCCUACUUCGAAAGACAAAAAUAAGAAGAGGGCACCGAUACCUACGACGCUUAGCGCUCUGCGGGAUGCUGAUCCCACGCUUCCUUAUACCGAAUCCACAUCUGGAUUGGGCUCGACGCCGUCCCUCAAUAACCAGUCGUCCCGUGCGCGGUACCUCAAGCGCCUGACCGAAUUUGAAGAAGAACAGUUCGGACGAGUCAUGCUCAGCAAGAAGGAGGCGCGGAGACGGAGACGGGACGAAGAAGCUCUUGCUAUGGGUGGUGGCCUUAGCGGCGUCGGUGAAGAGGGCAAGGGUCGCGUCCGCCGUGGAGGGAGAGGGUUUGACGAUGAAUUUGCCGAUGUUCUGCGCGAUGUUGACCGUGGGAAUGGACGUGGAGGUGACGGCUACGAUGAGCUCAGGCAGCGAAGUAAACGUGGAUCAGUCCUUGAGAGAAGCAGGGAUGCUAGGAGGGAGUCUCUGCCGAUAGAGGACGAUGCGCCGAUGAAGAAAAGGAAGCGCUCGAGAUUCGAGAUGGAGAGAAAAGCCGUGAAGAAAAGGAAAUAGGUUAUUUUUUGUCGCUUCGCACAGUUUUGAAUAUUUUCAGUUAUAUUGAAGACGAUAAAGUCCUUGCCAGAACCAAUUUUCUUAUUUUUGACAUUGCUUGAAGCUCAAGACAAGAUGUCAAAGCACUCACCGCGCCACUGGAAGGCCUCGAUGCCUAUCUGUUUCCCUCCUUGUUAAUAUAUAACAGAAGAUUGUCUAUUAUUUUACUCGCUUUUCUCACACCCGUCUUUUUUUCGUGAUGUUAGAGACGUCGAGGUCGUUAUGGGCGGUACUCAAGAAAGU